AUGGCUCUAUUCAGCUUCCUUAUUCUGACCUCCCUGUGUAUUGUGGGCCGGGAGGCCCUCAGCUUAUCCGACUGUGGAGUCUACACCACGAGCGAGCCAGGGACGGGAAUCUUCUCCGACUUCUCCAACAUCCAGACGCUGAAUGUCAGCGGGGUGGUGCGAUCCUUCGACCCAACCAUCGGGACCAUCACCUACAACGCAGAGCUCAAGUACUACUACUCGUGUGCUUAUCCUCUGGAGUAUUUCAUCAACAACACCCAGGUGGACGUCUCUUCCUCCACCACGGCUCUGCAGGACAACAAUGGGAGCUUCAUCAGUACUCUGAGCAUGGCCUUGUACAAGGAUGAUAAUUACACGGAGCCCCUUGCUAUGCCCCCUCUCGGUGUGGCACUGAGGACAAACAUCUACGAGGUGGUCGCUGCAUCCAACCUGACCCACAGGUACUUCGUGCUUCUGGACCGAUGUUACGCCUCAGUGUCUCCGCUGCCCUCCAACGACACCUCCUUUAAUCUGUUUGUCUCGUGCUCCGUAGAUCAGCUGACCACCGUGCUGGAGAACGGCGAUAGCCAAAAGGCCCGCUUCUACUUCCCGGCGUUCCGCUUCAUCGAGCAGCAGAACCAGACCAUCUCCACCUACUAUCUGCACUGCAUCACCCGGCUCUGUGAGCGCAGCACCUGCAGCUCCUUCAAGAGAUGCAGCAGGAAGAAGAGGAGCGUGGAGACCACGGUCGUCCAGGACAGCAUCACUGAGCUGUUCGUGCUCACAGUGGCUAUAAGGGCCAAGACGGAGAGCUCCUUUCUCCCCAAAGACGAGGCGCUCACCGGUCCCCAGACCGAUGGCAAGGGCGCGUCUGUCAGCCUGGGAAUUGCUGUGGCCGUCCUCAUUGUGAUAGGGGUGACGGCCAUUUUCAUGGCGGCAUCUUUUUAUCGAAAGAUGAAGCGGCUACGCUAG